GUGGACAGUUCCAGCACAGGGAACACAGAGACAACAACUCCACUGCACUCUUCUUGAAUUCUCUCUCUGUUUUUCUCUCUGACAUAUAUACACUCCUAUUGACUGCAUCCUCUGUUAUUUGUCAUGGCCAGUUCAGCAGCUGUUCUCUGAGUGUUGCUACGCUCACCAAUCGUCGUUGUUUUUCGGAGAUAUGUCGUCCCUCUACUCGCGUAACAAGGACCUGUCCUCUCGCACCAGGAAGUCUGUGUUGGACUCGCCACCCUCCUCCCCGUCCCCCAGCACCAAAAGCUUCAGACAUGACAGAAUAUCUAGGUCAGAUUCCAGUGGUGUGGAGUGUCCAGAUAGACUGAACCGAACCAGCUCCUACACGCGUAGAGAGAACCGCUUAGCUUCUCUAAAUAAGACGGACGAUAACUCUACCAGUAGGAACUACAAGAAGUUGUAUGAGGAUGCGCUAGCAGAGAAUGAGAAACUCAAAGCUCGUCUGGAAGACAGCAAGCAAGAGCUAACGAAAAUUCGCUUGCAGCUGGACAGUGUGACACAGAAACAGGACAGAAUAUCUGAAAGGCCCAGUGUACUUGAAUCAGAGAAAAGGGAGAAGCAGGCACUGGAGAAGAGGGUCUCUGACAUGGAAGAAGAGCUUAAAGCCUCUAUCUUCCUACACAUUUCCGAGGCAGGUGUUUUUAUUUCUUUGUUUCUCAACUCUGUCCUGCAUUCCUUGACACAUUCUCUUUCUUUCUCCCCCACCCUCCUCCCUCCCAUGGGCCUGGAAAAUGGCAAGCUCUCAGUCAAUUCUUCCUAGAGCCAAUUCCUUUGAAGUUAUUUAUAGCUUUAUUGCUUCAAUGGUUAUGAGACUCUGACAUUGGCUAUUAUGAUUACUAUUUAAAAUAUUUUCUCCUGCUCCUAAAACAUCUUUUGAAUUUUGACUACAUCACCAAGGGUAAACAGGCAGGAAAAACAAGUUUAACGAAAUAAAUCUUGUUUGCAUGAUCCAAACAAAUCCCAAUGAUACCACUCAGAUACCACUACUAUUGGAAUAUUGUGUUUCACUCAGAAAAAUAUAAUUAGGGAAGCAAAAUACUUUCUGACUUCCAGUUCAUGCUGUCUGUAAACUUACUGAAAUAGUUAAUUUGUUCACUCCUAUAUAUUAUGUGGUGGAUGCCUGAUGCUGGGUAGUGAUAGAAAAAUAUAAACGCUUUGUCUGUGCGUGAGAAAAGGAAAGAGAGAGAAUGGUGGGCCUGUCUAGUUAAUUUUAAAAGGCACAAACAGCCAUUAUUUAACAUGUUUGUUCAUUCUAAAUGUGCUCAUUUAAAGUCAUGAGUGAAUGGUUUCUCUUGUUUAAACUUUACUGUUUACAAUAUAUGUUUUAAUCACUGCUCUGUUAAACAAAUGUCACCCAGGUGAUAUCUUCUGCGCCUCAACAGUCAUCUGCAUGAUCACAUGUUUCAUUUAAUUUCCAGCAUUAAGCUAACCUAUUUUAUCCCAACUUACAAUUCUGACUGAGUACA